UAACCUACAGUUGCUAGUGAUGAUAUUGCUAUGGAUCGGAAACGGACUGUGAAUAACGAUGUUAAGGAAGACGCCGUACCAAAAUCGAAAAAAGGAAAACAUAAGACGAAGUCUGUACAUCCACAACAGGCCGUUUCAGUGUCGCUGAACGAAUGUUACACUUGCGUAUCAAACCUGAAGAAAUUCGAGACGUCGUACCAAGCUGCAGAGACUUACGACGAAGGUUCACUGCAGUUAUACCAUGAACCAUUUACUCACUGUGUUCUACCGACAUUUAUUGACGAUGAAAAAUUCUUAAGCAGACUUCAAGAAGAGCUGCUUGAUUUGACAUUUGCAGAGAAAAAUAAUGACCUCUACAAAUUUUGUCAGAGCAGAGAAGACCUUAAAGUUGUGUCAUCCCCAUAUAUUGGUGCUUUAAGAGAUCUGAUCUAUGUUAAGUUUAAAGACUGGCUGGAGAAGGUGACUAACAUACCCCUAAACGACACCGUCGACAUGUCAUGUGCCAAAUAUGAGUUUACAGAUACUCUUCUCUGCCAUGAUGAUGAACUAGAAGGGAGGCGGAUAGCAUUUAUCUACUACCUUGUCCCAUCCUCCUGGUCAGAUGUGGAUGGAGGGGCACUGGACCUGUUUGCUGUGAACGAAAAUGGCCAGCCAGCUGAUGUAGUCAAGUCUGUGGUACCAGCGAGAAACAGUUUUCUGUUCUUCGAAGUGACACCUGUGUCAUUUCACCAGGUGGCUGAGGUGCUGUCUGAGGACAAGACACGUCUUUCUGUCAGUGGCUGGUUCCAUGGCCCAUCUAUAAAUAGACCUACCCCUUUUGAAGAGCCACACCCAACACUGGCCCAUGCUAUAUCAAUAGAGGAGGAUAUGUUUUUUGACUGGAUAAACCCGACGUACCUGGACAUGAUAUCACAGGCAGAUAUUCGGGAACGUUUUGAGGAGGAAUCACAGAUAGAACUCCAGAACUUCCUACAGAACAGCAAAUAUGAACAGUUAAAGAACGCACUACAGAAAUGUGAAUCGUGGACACAGAGGGGACCUGCUAAUAAAAGGUGUUACUCCCUGAUGGAUACAGACAAUCCCCCGGAGAUUGUCCAGGAAUGUAUACAAGUGCUGAAGUCUGAUGCCAUGUUCCUUGUUUUGUCCAAUCUUACUGGACUCAAACUUCACGAGCUGGCACCUGAAUCUGAUACCGACGACAGCGAAGAGGAAACCACAGCUAAUGGAACAAAAGGAGAACCAUGCUAUUGUAGCCAGGUACGGCGCUGGAGACAUGGAUCGUAUACUUUGGUACACGACAACGACAUCGAGGGUGACAGAGAGUUUGCACUGGAUACUCUCUUAUACAUAGGCUGUGAAGGUUGGGAGCCUGACCAAGGCGGGAUUACAUCCUACAUUGCACGAGGAGAGGAUGAGGAGUUGCUGUCCGUGAGUCCAUCUGAGAACAGUCUGGCGCUGGUCUACCGUGGCCAAGACACACUACACUUUGUUAAACAUCUCAACGCCAGAUCUAGAAACUUACCAAAUAAGGAAUUUUAUGACAUAUGCUGUACAUAUUAUGAAUAAAUGUAUAAAAUUUGA